AUGCAAGAGCAUGAUCCUGCAAUAGUUCCUCCGAAUGUUGCUGAGUUGUCUAGGAAAAAAGAUGAAGGUUUUGAGCUUGGAGUGCAAAAAAAGAAGAACUUCAUUGCUUCAAUUUUUGAUGGAGAUGGGGUUUGGUGUGAUGAUGAAGAGAAAAUUGAACAGAUAAUCCAGAGACAUUUCAACUCUUUAUUCACUUCUUCCCAUCCUGAUGACAGUAUGAUUGAUGAGGUUCUUGGCUCUGUGUCUGCUCAGAUUUUUGAAGAUAAUAAUAGGGAAGUUAUGAGGCUAUUUACAAAGGCGGAGGUUCUCGAGGCUCUAAAACAAAUGCACCCUUACAAAGCUCCCAGGCCGGAUGGUAUGCAUGCAAUUUUUUACCAACGUUUUUGGCACAUUGUCGGUGAUGAGAUUACUAGGCUAAAAAAUAUUCUCCCUAGUACUGUGUCAAAAAAUCAAAGGGCCUUUGUCCCGGGUCGCUUGAUUACUGAUAAUGCUAUAAUUGCUCUGGAAUUAUUUCAUACUAAGAAGAAUAGAAGUAAGGGGAGAAAAGGACCAUUGGCUAUGAAACUCGAUAUGAGCAAGACUUAUGAUAGGGCGGAAUGGGGCUUUCUACGGAAAUUAUUGCUCACUAUGGGGUUUGACGGAAGAUGGGUGAAUUUAGUAAUGGAGUGUGUUACAACUGUUUCUUACUCCUUCGUUAUUAACGAAGGUAUCUGUGGCUUGGUCACUCCUACCAGAGGUCUCGGACAUGGAGAUCCCUUCUCCCCAUAUCUUUUUAUUCUGGUUGCUGAUGUGUUUUCUAGUAUGAUGCAAAAUAAGGUACAGGAUAGGAGCCUUCAUGGGGCUAAGGCUAGUCGCAACGGGAUGGAAAUUUCUCAUCUUCUUUUUACAGAUGACAACUUACUCUUUACAAGGGCUACUAAACAUGGAUGUCAAAUUUUAGUUGAUAUUUUCAACUAG